AUGGCGACAACUCUCAUCUUCGGCGGCAGCGGCAAAGUCGCUCGCCACAUAACCCGUCUCCUCUCAAAAGAAGGUCAGACAGUUUACUCCAUCAUCAGAAACCCCGACCAGAAAUCCGACAUCCAAUCCCUCGGCGGCAAACCCAUAGUCCAGAGCAUCGAAGACUCCACAGUCGACGACUUCGUCUCCACCAUCAAGCAAACAAACCCCAGCACUGUAAUCUGGGCAGCAGGCGCAGGCGGUGGAAGCCCUGAGAGGACGAAAGCCGUUGACAACGAGGGAGCCAUCAAAUCCAUGGACGCUACUGCUAAGGCGGGAGUCACGAAGCGAUAUAUCAUCAUCUCCGCUAUUGAUGUCAGGAAUCGUGACAAUAAACCGGAGCCGGAAUGGUACAAUGAUGAAGACCGCGAUAGGAGUAAUAAAGUCUGGGGUGCUAUUGGCCCUUACAUGCACGCCAAAUUCGCCGCCGACCGCUCGCUGGUAACCGAAAACGAUCGCCGCGGGCUCGACUACACCAUUGUUCGCCCCGGCGGCUUAUCACAGGAUCCCGCGAAGGGGACGAUCGCGGCUGGAAAGGUGCAUUUGAACACGACGAUCAGUAGGGAGGAUGUCGCGGCUGCGGUUGUGGAGAUUAUGAAGAAUGAGGGGACGAAGGGGUUGGCGAUUGAUAUGGUGGGUGGAGACACGCCGGUCAGGGAUGCGAUUGCGGAUGUUGUGAAGGGACGGGUUGAUGGGUUUGAGGGGAGGUAUUAG